AUGGCAAGAUUUUUGACAUACUACGAAGUGAAUGAUCGAAGAUUGAGAGCAAUGGAGGAAGUCUCUGCCCUUAGCUUCUUGGAUUUGGAUUUGGAUGAGAGCGAAAUGGGCGGUACGCUGUAUUGGGAAGAGCCCAGCGACACUUCGCAGGUUAUGAUGACCAGAACCUUUCAGCAGAUUUACACGAGCUUUGGCUUCCUGGAGAUUGUGACCGUGUCCUCUCUCACUGAGCAAAGCAGCCCCGUCACCUUGCCAGUCAGUGAUUCGGUGGCUUCAGUAGACAACAUUUCCUUCACCGACUACGACCUUGACUUCGGAGAUAUCGGGGGUACUAUUGCCUGGGACAAACCGGAAGAUGAAAGCAAGGUCCUACAGUAUGUGGUCUACCUUGCUGACAGCACGACUGGUGGAACUCUGGUUGACCUAGCAAACUUCUCGGAUCUUGGUGGCCGCGCUGAGCUAAACACUGUCCCGCAGGGGCAGUACAAUGCCAGUAUAGCUGUGAAUACCCAGGCUGCGUACUGGUCGGAUUUCACUGAGCAGACCACCCCAGUAGCAUUCAGCUUCUACGACACUGACAGUGUCACGUCUGAAAGGCUGAAGUGGCUGAACAGUCUGGUUGGAAACUUGACUUACAUCGGUCGAGAUCUUGACCUGGGAGAGCUUGGAGGAAUUGCAAUUUGGGAUCCUCCCUCGGAUCGCGAUCUCAUCAUCAGCUACGCUGUUUAUUUUGGACAGGACAUUCCUCCAGAGAUACCGCAAGUGCCACACGAGUAUCUAUUGGUCUACAGCAGGUCAUCGAUUGCUGAGAUGACAACACCAGCCUUCGUCAAGCUGGAGGAUGCCGACGGCCUGGUGUCCAACGUGACCUUUGUCGAUCAGGACCUGGAUGAAGGAGAGCUCGGAGGUUUGAUUCAGUGGCGAGUGGCAGGUGAUGUCUUGGAAGUGACAAGAUAUGCUGUCUUCUUGGCAGAGGAUGUAGCUGGCAGCAACAGGUCAUUGUUGGGAUACUCAACUGGUGCUAUGGCCAACAGCUUUCAGGUGCCACCCGAGACUCCCGUCCAGUCGUUCACACACAUCACCGUCUUCGCGGAAUCCAGCCUAGUUCUUUCGACGACCCCUUAUGCUGUCAAGUUUUUUGACAAUGUGGCCAGCGUCACGGCACUAUUCUUCUUUGAUCGAGACGCAGAUGCUGAAGAGAUUGGAGGCCCCAUUUCCUGGUCUUUGCCUGCAGCACUCGAUGAGCUGGUGGGUUUCCGUGCCUACUUGGCACAGGAUGCCAUCGGUACAGGGUCUUUGCCCAAGCUGAUGAAAGCAUCUUUGAAGUGGACAAUGGUGGAUUUGCCCUCAAACACGCCGGUGGAGGACUACACGCACAUUCUGGUCUAUACUGUCUCCAAUCUUGUGGAGCAAACUACCCCUGUGGCCACAAACAUCGAAGAUGCAGGUCUUAUUGUUUCGGAGGCUGGCUUUGAGGAUCUUGACUUGGACCUUAUGGACAUUGGUGGCCCUGUUUCCUGGAACCUCUCAGGCAACGUGUCUGACAUCACUGCCAUCACGUGGCGUGGCGACUACGACAUCAACGGUCACAUCAACAUCAAGUACGCGCACAUCGACCACUACUUCUACAUCCUCUACCACAUCCAAUAUAAGGCUCGAACCUUCUUCGCUGACCAAUCAGUCCCAGCCGCGGCGCUGAUAGCAGUCCACAGCACCGCGAUUGCCGCAGAUACUUGGAUCGACGACUUCACGCACCUUGCUGUCUACACGAGGUCUUCUUUAGCAGAGCAGACUACCCCAGUGACUUUGCUGUUCAACGACACGUCUGCCCCGGUUGUGGAGCUGCACUUUCCAGACCUGGAUUUGGACUUGGGGGAACUUGGUGGAGACCUGCUGUGGCAAGACCCUGUAGAUGACAGUUUGGUCGAGAACUACAGCGUCUACAUAGCAAAAGUUGUGGCAGAAGCCGAACCCUGUGUAGACAGCUUUGGGGAUUCGAGUGACGAGGCUGGUGCACUUGAUCUGCACGAAGACUCUCCGUCAAUACCUCGACAAGACGCUUUGCUGAAUCGCUUUGUUGCCUUGGCCACACUGCGGCCGCAGCUUCAGCCAGGCUACAUUGGCUAG